CGCCGGGCGGGCGGCAGGUACAGUGACCUGGAAUUAUGUUUUCCCGAAAUCACGUGCCUGGAAAUCGCCCAAUGUCGAGCAGGUGCCGGGAACUCCUAGAACUACCUGCAGGCAACAACAACAAAGCCUGAUUAAUCCAGGAACCGAAGUUUCUCUCCCUGAAUGUAUACCCAUCAGCUAUUGACAAACCAGAAGAUCUAGCAGUUAAAUACCUAGCUGCAGCUGAUAUUUGCACCACAGCCAUCCUUAUCGCUCGCCAUGGCUUUUGCAGCCGAACCAGACUUUGCAACGUUGCGCGCGAUUGUUAAAUGCAAGGUUGAUGACCAUGAAAAGCUCAAACCCCUUUUUAAAUACUUGCGAAGCGCCCGUGGAGAAGAGAGCAUUUACCUUUCUCAGGAAAAACUCAACCAAUUCAAAAUACACUUAUCAAGCAUGGACCUGGAACAAGGCGGACGGUUUUUUAAACCCGUUUCACAAUCUGAAUUCAACUCCUGGGACUAUGACGAGACCAUUUUGGAGGAGAUCAAGUGGGGUUCUGAGAGCUGGAAGAUGCGGGAUGCCGAAAAUAUUUUCAUGAUGUGCCGUGAACUUAUUCAUUCCGACCUGCCAGCAAAUCCGGAUGAGGAGUCCAGGCUAUUUCUCCAGAAUACGCCGUGGCGUCAUGUUGUUGUUCCUCACACGCGAAUGGGAGGUAACCUUGGCAACUCUUCUCCCGAUGAACUAACAGACUGGCUACCCCAGAUAGAGCUAGACGUCUACGAGAGCCGUCCUUCUGAUAGUCAUGUCAUCUCGUUUUCUACACAUGGCCUUCGCCCCGAUAAAAGCAUGGAAUCAAAGCUUGCUCGCAGCGAGAUAUUGGUGGGCCUCGAUAUAAUGAUGCAACGGAUGCUAUGGCUCCCACAUAUCACAAACCAUAUCUUCCCAGUACUUAUGAUUUCAUUCUUUAACCGACAAGUCCGUGCUAAUGAAGUAUACCUUGAAAAUGGGAUGUUGCACUUCAAUUGUACCCCCUUCAUUAACUUGGAGACGUUCGAUAAAUAUAAAUACGAGCUACUAGCUCGGUGGUCAGUGAGUCAACCGAUUGGUGAAACAACUACAUACCCAAAUUUACAAAAGAUGCCCGAUGAUUUCGAAAAAUUCAUAAACCUAGGAGACAGUACGCGGAAGGCCAAGAAGAAACCUCCAAAACCAACACCGAAACCAGCGAUCAAGAGACUCGAAGAACUUAAGAGAAUAUAACCUAAUGCUUCCUCACAAAUAUUGAGCAAUGUUAUUCUGGGGCCUUUUUUGACUUUUCAUGUCUUAAAUGAGAUUGGGAAGGGGGGGAAGGAUUGGGGGACAAGUAAUUGGGGUUAAUUGGGGUUAUGUUUUGGUACAAUUACUUUGGAUACGUCUGUAAUAAUUUUUAUACCCCUUUUCAGUAUGGAUGUUUUCCGAGUAGAACUAUGGCGUCGGCAAGAAUUCAGGAACCUUGAGUUAAUAAAUAGACUUAAUGA